AUGGCAGUGAGCACACAUGCACCAAGGACAUCGCGCUUCGUACUUGGAGGUUCCUACUUUCUGUCACUACCCACCACAGACCGAUCUUCCGGUCGUCCUCUCGCGGCGGAUCUAUUAUUGGGGUUAAUCGCAUUAGCUUCUCUCGUAACUCUAUCGAUCGAAACUUCCCAGCGUUUUUUCUAUAAAGAUGAUUGCUACCCAACGACGAGCAACCCAACCCUCUCCACCCUCUGCACCACCUCGGUUAUGGGUUCCACGCUGCGCAAGCUGGUCACCCUUCUCGGCGCCGUAUCUCUCGUUCCGAGUAUCUUUGCUCAGACUUGGGGGUUCCCUUAUGGCUCUCAGAAAGUGAGAGGCGUCAACCUGGGUGGAUGGCUCGUGCUCGAGCCUUGGAUCACGCCUUCGCUCUUCGACAACACCGGAGACUCGAGGAUCGUGGACGAAUGGACCUUUGGUCAAUACCAGGAUCGUGCAAGGGCCCUAAGCGUCCUACAGAAUCAUUGGAACACGUGGAUUACUGAGGCUGAUUUUGCUGCUAUCGCUGCCGCUGGGCUCAAUCACGUCAGGCUACCCAUCGGAUAUUGGGCUUUCGAUGUAUCCGGUGGCGAACCUUUCAUUCAAGGGCAACUUCCGUACUUGACGAGGGCAGUCAACUGGGCUCAAGCACACGGGCUGAAGCUUAUUAUUGAUCUGCAUGGAGCCCCUGGAAGCCAAAAUGGAUUUGACAACUCCGGUCAGAAGAUGGAUUUCCCCCAAUGGCACACCCGGCAGAGCAACGUUGACCGUACUAAUGCGAUCAUCAAGCGCCUUGCUUCCAUGUUCGCUGGCAAUACAGGGGUUGUGCCUGUUAUUGCACCCCUGAACGAACCGGCAGGGUUCCACGGAAACCCAUUGCUUGCAGUGACGAGACAGUUCUGGUACGACAGCUAUGGAAAUAUUCGCUGGCCAUUCGGAACAUCUCAGCAGAGCAACCUUGUAGUGAUGAUCCACGACGCCUUCCAGCCUUUGUCGUAUUGGAAUGGUUUCAUGCAGCCCCCUAACUGGCAGGGAGUGAUUCUGGAUACCCAUAUCUACCAGAUGUUCUCGGUUGCUGAAAACCAAAUGAGCAACGCCCAACAUAUCGCAACCGCCUGUGGCAAGGCCAACUCAAUCAUCAACUCUCCUCUUUGGACUGUUGUCGGCGAAUGGACCGCCACAGCAAAUGACUGUGCCAAGUACCUGAACGGACGUGGUGUUGGUUCGCGAUACGAUGGCUCUUAUCCCGGAUCGACCCGUGUCGGCAGUUGCACAGGUCUGACGGGGAGGGCGUCGACCUUCAGCACGGCGUACAGGACCUUCCUUCGUCAAUACUGGGAGGCUCAGGUCCAAACAUACGAGAAAGGUCAAGGUUGGAUCCAAUGGACUUGGAAGGCUGAGAUCGCAGAUGAGUGGACCUACCAGGCUGGCCUGGCUAACGGAUGGAUCCCCAGGAAUCCAACCGCCUACCAGUAUCCUAAUAUCUGCGGUUGA